AUGAUCGAUCACGAAUUAUCGAAUUUAAAUGAAAUUAAUUACAAAGACAUCGAGGACAUAAUCGAUGCACGAAAGGAAUUAGGGCAAUACAAUGUAAACAAGCAGCCGAAUUCCAUAAAUUAUAGAUAUGUUUAUUCAACUUCCAGCGGUGGAAAUGAUCGUUUCGUUCGAUUUAACGAUAUGAUCACGGUGAACGAAGGCGACGCUCCGACAACGAGUAUCAAGCACACAGAUUCAGAAAUUACGGUCGUAAGAAUACGACAGGACAAUAACUCGAUGAAAAAACCCCACCUUCAUGUCAGCAAAUGGGAUAUGCAUGAUGUAGCUAUACCAGGAGAUGGUUCUCAUCUGGGCGAAAGCCCUUCGAUGGUGAAUUUGGCAACGUUGGUCGCCCAAAACCUUCACAGCGAAACCGACGAAUAUUUGGUGCCUUUAUCCUCUUGGGAUCCUUGUUUAAAGUCUGAAGAAAAGAAAAAUACAGAAGAAACAAAGUUUAAGUAUUUACCUGAAGAUGUGUCCUGGGAAGAUCAAUUAGACCUAAAGGAAGAAGGAAAUAUCAAAGAAUCCAACUCUGAGCCCGAAAUAAAAAGUUUUACUUCGGUUAUGGCGAGGAGGCCCAGUUUGGCGGGAAGGAUUUCGAAAUUUAUCAGGAAACACUGCAAGAAACCAAAAACCCUAAACGAUGAGGAACUAGACAAAAACUAA